CAAAUGCACUCAAUCAGAGCCCAGACCACCCUGAAAAAAUUCUUGACUGCUCACAAACGGCACAAGGUUAGGCUCGCAUGGGCUCCAUCUCAUAUUCAAAACAAAUGGGAAAUGGACAGUUGGCCCACUCAAUUCAACAACAUGGCUAACAAACUGGCCGGUGACGCAGCGAAAUCAGACAGCGGACAUCCGAAACAGAGAUCUUUGUACGCAGCAGCCUACGCCGACACAAAAGUCAAGGCCCAUAAGGCUUGGCAGGUAAUGAUGAACGGGACUAAAUACCGCAGACGCUCAAAUCUGUUAAAACAGAUGGAGCACAAGCUUAUAAUCUCUAAUAGUAAGCACUACUCCCUCCGCCACUUUGGACAUGACCAUCGUCUGUAUGCAUGCAUGACCCGAUUCAUGACUGGACAUUUCCCACAUGGAGACUUCCACAACAAAAUGAAUCUUGACAGUUCUUGCUUAUGCACAUGUGCAGACAUCCAUGAAUCACAAGACCACAUUCUAUAUGAAUGUCCGUACUGGAUCAGACCACAAGGUAUCAGGCCGCCUAAACGGGUAUCAGACCAGGUGCGCAUAGAGCUCAUAUCUGCGGGGAAACAGCUGGAGCUCCAAAAUAAAGAACAGCAGGUGUCAAUUGAUGACAUUCAAGACUUUCUGUCACUCAACCUGUUAGUAGGCACAUUCAAGUGGCAAGACUUAAUGGAACACUUACGAUCAGAUGUG